AUGGAGACUUAUUUAAAAGAUAAAUUUGCAGUAUAAGGAACUUUUUUAUCUUCUGAUUGCUUUUUAAUUUUAACAGAAGGCACUAUAUACAUUUAUGAAAGUGAAAAAGUAUACAAUUAAGGAGAAAUUCCAUAAGAAAUACUAAAUCUAAAAAUGUAUAAAAUUUAAAUUGCUCAAAAAGAAGGUAAAGUACUUACUUUAGUUAAUAUAAAGAAUUAAGAAAAAUAAUACGUUUUUUAUAGUAAUAGGAGGGAAUAAAUAGAUGUAUUAUCUUAUAAUAUUAACUUAGUGUUGGUACAAUAUGAUGAAAAAAUGGAAAGAAUAAUAUGA